CACGAUGUUGAGCUUAGACUGUAAGAAAGACAAGUGUGUGUGUGUGUGUGUGUGUGUGUGUGUGUGUGUGUCUAUGUGUAUGUGUAUGUGUAACAGAGAAGGAGAGAGACAAGGAUAGUAGAGAUAGAGAGAGAAAGAGAGAGUGAGAGAGAACAUUCGCCUAGAAUCGCGUAUCUGGUGGGGAGUCACACUGGACCUCAGCCUCUGUUCGUGCGGUGUGUAGUCUAUGAGUCAAGUUAACAAAACCAGUCGUCUCUCUACUGGCUGCCUGAACUGGUUGCUUCUCUCGGCAGUUUGCCUUCUAAUCCUCUAGCGAUUGUUUCGUGUAGUUCUCUAUGUAAAUGUGUCUAUUCUUUUCUACUACUCCGUGUGUACGUACGUACGAAUCUACGGGCGUGUUUAACCGAGCGUGCCUGUAUAUGUACACGUAUGUGUACGUGUAGUGUGUCUUGUUCACACAACAUUCGUGUGUUACUCUCUGUUUUGUGUAUACGUGUGUGUGCAAACGCGCGUGAGCAAAAUUUCGAUCGUAGAUGCCUCGUUCGCCAUUGGAUUCUUUCGUCGAAGACUCUCUUCCGGGUUUCUUCGAUCAUCGUGCGAAUCUCUAAGCGUUUCUAAAUGUGUCCUUACCCAAUGGGACAUCUAGAGUGGAUCCGAUUCUCUGUAGGUUCAGUGUUUAAACAGUGUGUCGAGGAAAACCGGUUGGGUAAACAUGCCGUACGAGAUUUUGCGUUGGACUCGAACGAAUGGAUAAAAUAGUUUAGCGGGAAAAAGUGAGAUAGGUACAAGAGCAAAAAAAAAGAAGAAGGAAAGGAGAGAAGAAAAAAGGAAAAAAGAAAGAGAAAGCAAGAGAAAGAGAAAGAGAGAGACAAACGAACGAACGAACGAACGAACGAACGAAUAAAUAUGGAUCGAAGUUUCAAGAACAACGUGGACUUUAAGAUGAAUCAGCAAAACUUUAAGUUGAGAGACUUUGGGAUCGACGGGAAAUUAUCAUCGUCCAUACAUUCAAAAUUGAUUCGGAGUUCGGUAAGGACCGGUUCGUGUUAUUCGCAAAUCGGAUCCGUUCAAAUACGAGGAACAUUUUCUACUAACAGUAAUAAUAGGGAUAGUAAUAAUCUUGCACAAAGUGGGACCAAUGAACUGAGCCACUCUCGACUCUCUUCGAACGUAAGAGGUAUCGAUACAUCGAUCAUUUGCAACGAUCAUCUUCUUCGAACUUCCUCUUCGUCCUCGUCCUCGUCGUCGUCGUCGUCGUCGUCGUCGUCGUCGUCCUCGUCAUCUUCUUCUUCUUCAUCUUCUUCUUCUUCUUCUUCUUCUUCUUUGUCUUCUUCGCCUUCUUCUACUUCUUCCUCUUUUCGCUUAUCAUCCUCGACUCAAGCUCGAACGAUUGGCCAAUCACCAAGUAACCUAUUCGCCGAUAGCUUUCAAACUUCCACUCCAAGCAACAACAACAAUGGCGUCCCUUUGUCGGGAACGACUAGUUCGAUGCAUCAAGCGAACGUUUCUUCGAUACUAUCGCCGAAUUAUUGGAAGCAAUAUGGCGGCCAAGAGAGCGGGUAUGGCUCGGACGAAUUCGGACAGGACUCGCCGAGAUAUACAUCGCCUAAAGCAGCCCUUUAUGCGGAACCAUACUAUAUCGAUGGGAAUGCAGAGGGCACGGGUCCAAGUGACCCCUGGACGGGAAGUAGUGCUGGAGUUCAACCUCCCUAUAGCGGAUACGCUCCUCCUCACCUGGCUCAACCGGCCUAUCCCAUGCACCUACCCCAUGACCCCAUGGCAUACUCGGCGAUGUCACCGAACGGUGAAUCACCGGCGCCAAUUCUUGGCUCAGCUGUAACCAGCGCGGCUUCACUUCCGCCGAUGUCGACAUUCCGAGGUAGUGCCGCUGUUGCUGUAGCAGCGGCAAACAGUGGCACUGGAGCACCUUCUCCGGCCUCUUUGCAAUAUAGUCAUAGUCCUGGUGCACGGACCGCUGCUUCGUCGGCACCAAACGCUGCAUCCACAAACAGUCAACAACCACCAACGGGGGACGCCCUUGGCAAGACUCUUGCAUCUGUAGUGAGCACACGAAUCUAUCCCACGGACCAAUCAGUAUCGAGUUAUAGCAGCAACCCAUCCACCCCAGUCAGUUCGCCACCACCUUUAACGGGAUCGGCACCAGGUUGGGCACCUGGUGCUGCACCGGUGUCACCACACUUUACGGCAGAUCCAAACCGUGGCACCAUUCACAUGCCGGCGCCUGAACAGCAGAGGCUAGACGAUGCCAUCGGCUUCCUUCGCGACCACGCCGAGUUGGUACAGGGAACGCGGAUGGAGGAACGACUGGAUGAUGCCAUAAACGUUCUCAGGAACCAUGCGGAAAGCCAAUUAGGCCUUCACUUAGGGCACGUUGGUCCACACGGUUCUAUUUAUUCUCAUACAUCACCACCGCAGUUAGACCAUUUGACAAGUCCACAUCCUGCGGUAACAGUAGCGCAACCACCAGGUUCAUAUCCCGGUCUUACACCAACACCUGACACAGAUGGUUCUAUUAAAAUAGAAAGGUUACCUGUUACCAAUGCCAAAUACAUCUCUUUAGAGAAGAGAAAAGAUCCGCCAGAUAGUAGCGGCGGAGAAACGAAACCUUCAAGUAGUGAAUUAGCAGCGGCUGGUGUAAUUGGUACGGCGACGGUUAAUUCGACAUCUCAAGGAAAAGGAACGAAGAGGUCGCGCAGGUAUUGUUCGAGCGCUGAGGAUGAGGAUGACGACCCUGAUGUGAAAGCGCAAAGGGAGAAAGAGAGGCGACAGGCAAAUAAUGCUAGGGAAAGGAUACGUAUUAGGGACAUCAAUGAAGCUUUAAAAGAACUUGGAAGAAUGUGUAUGACACAUUUGAAGACGGACAAGCCACAAACAAAGCUUGGUAUCCUUAAUAUGGCUGUAGAAGUUAUCAUGACUCUUGAACAGCAAGUUAGAGAACGAAAUCUUAAUCCGAAAGCAGCAUGUCUGAAGAGAAGGGAAGAAGAAAAAGCAGAAGAUGGACCAAAGUUACCCGGUCAUUUGGCGGCACAUAUAACUCAUCCCCAUCCUCAUCCCCAUGCACAUUCUCAACCACCCUUUCCUGCGAUGCCUGGUCCACCACCUUCCCUUCAGCACAAUCCAACGCAGCCACAGUAGCAGCGGCUCUGCGGCGGUAUCAUCCUGUGUUAAGGGGUAGAUACACCUUAAAAUUGACUAGUCUACAAAUAUGACUUGUAUCCACUUAUCAAGACUUUUUCCUAUCCUUAUAGGCUAUUAUAGCAUGAAAAAAUUCAAUGGUAUUAUGUCGAUUGAAUGAAAAACUUCUCUUCCAUGUCGUUCAGUAUUUUAACAAUAAUGAUCUACGAUUUUACAUAAAGGCACAUUUAGAUUUCUUUUUACCUUCUUUUUUAUUAUUAUUAUUAUAUUAUUAUAUUAUUAUUAUUAUUAUAAUAUUAUUAUUAUUAUUAUUAUUAUAUUAUUAUUAUAUUAUUAUUAUUAUUAUUAUUAUUAUUAUUAUUAUUAUUAUUAUUAAUGUUAUGAUUAUGAUUAUUAGUUUUAAAAAUAUUUUUUAAAUGCUAUAAAACGUAGUGCCUGUUAUGCGAAAAAUCGAAUCAUUAUUGCGAGUGUAUGGAAUAUUCAAUAAGACAUAUAUGGUUUUGACAUUUUUUUUUUUUAUGAAGCCAUCGAAUAAGGAAAGAAAAAAGUAUCGAUUUGUAGCGAUUCAAGCAUAGAAUAGGUAGUCUUAAGAAGCAUCUACCCCUUUAAGGCGGCUUGAAAUUAUUUUUAUAAAUAGCAAGAAGACAAAGGAAUAUGGUUCCUCUCUUUCGAGAUAUAAAAGUUUGUAGUUAACGAUCGAGAUAUCACUAGCUCGAUCUAAGCCCCGUUGUCGGUAUAUAUAUUGACUCGCUUUUAUGACCUAAUAUAAAUCGAACAUACAGAGAAUCGUGGAAUUGACGGUGUUUAAAAUUUAUCGACUACACGGUGAUCAUUACAAUUUUUCAGUAAUGUCACUUCGAUAGAUGAUUUAAGACUUACGGAAUGCGCCAUUUUACAUAUUUUAAUUGUAAUGCUAGAAGCAUCAAUCUUUUUCUUUUACCGCUGAACGUUUCUUCAAUCAAACUUUCAAGAGUAGAUUUGCGCAGAGAUGAUAUUGAAAAAAUUCUAUGCGAAGAGCUAAUUGAAACUUAACGAUUUUGUUUAUUGAUACCAACAAAAGUGUUUCUUUUUAUUUUAUUUUAUUUCUUUUUCUUUUUUUUUUUUUUUAAUAUUUUUUUUCUCUUUAAAGUAAUAUAACGGUACAUACCGAAGUAAAUACGAUUUAUUGAUUAUCUGUUAUUUCUUGUUUCUUUGUUUAAAAUUUUGCAUAAUAGAUAUUCUUAUUUCCAAAGAAACUUGGAAAGAAACUUAUCGGCAUAUCAAUUGGAACUGUGAUAAAAUAGCAACAAAUAUUUAAGGAAUGUGGACGUAUUAUGCAACAGGUAUGAUUAAUUGAAACAUCAAAAAAGAUGCUUUACAUUGCGUAUGAUUUUUUUUGUUUUUAGAAACACUGCCGGAAUUAAAGCCGAACGUAAUUAAAUGGAACGUUUUCACAUUUUAGUUUCAACGCGUUCAUUAGAUGGCUCUAGUUUCGUUUAUGUUCAUGAAUGUCGAUAAAGUUGCGGACUGUCAUGGAAUCAUUCGAAGCAGAGUUUAAUUUUAUCAGUACCAGUGAUAAAAUUGUAAACAUAAAAGCCGCAUGUUUUGUGAGAAGUACACUAAGAGACAUACUAUAUAAAUCGAAACCUUGCAUAUUAUCAAGAAUCUAUUUACUGAAAGAUGAUCAUGGUAAAUAUACAGUCUUUGUAAAUAUGCCAUAGUAUUUGACGAUUCGAUGUUUUAAGAAACGAGUUAUGUUAAGGUAAGAAAAAACCAACAAUAUAUAUGUAUCCAACACUAAUUAAUUUUAAUAACUUAUUACUACAUGGAAUUAUAUGUCUAUGAAACUCUGUUGUCAGUGAUUAUGUACGAUUUUCAUUUAAUAAUUCACUAUACUUACAUAGAUUUCAUUUUGAAGUCGACUGAAAAAAGUUUUUUUUUUUUAAAUUCUUUUUUUUAAGUUCCUUUUUUUAUUUAUUUUUUUUUAUUAUUUUUUUUUUCGAAACUAAAGAAUACGUGGAUUAUAAGUUUUGAUGUUUUAUAAAAUAAAUUCGAAUGUUUUCGACGUAAAGAUUUUUUAUACAUUGACUACAGAAAUUAUUGAGAACAGAAUUUAUACAGAAAGAUAUUUCUGUAAAAAAAAAAAGAAAAAAAAAAGAAAAAAAGCAAAAAAAGCAAAAAAAAAUUAAAUGAAGACAAAUCGAGAUCAAUGUUAAAUGUAGUUAUAAUCAGUGUUGGAGCAUGUCAAUUGGUGUUAAAUUGGCGUCUUCCGUUUAUUCCACUGUUAUUAUGACUAGUAUAAAUGUAUGUGAGCAAAUUUGCUAAUACAUUAUAAAAUUAAAAUGUUUACAAAAUUUUCGAUACAAUACUGACAUUAUCUUUGUUAAUAGGAAACCACAAUCAAUUAGUUAAAUACAACGCAGGUUUUCCUAUCUCGUAUUUAAUAAAAGAAUGUAUGCAGUUUGUAUUAUAAAUUAUUUUAUUAGAUAAAUUCUUUAUUUCACAUAAAUCAUUACAUGGAUCUGAGUGGAUCGUAAAUGAACCGAACCGAACCGAACUGAACCGAACCAAACCGAACCGAAUCGAAUAGAAUCGAGUCGAAUGAGAGCUGAACGUUAGAUUUUUCAAAUAAAAUGGAUACGCAUCUUAUUUCGAGGUUUAGAAAAAGGAAAAAAAAAGAAAAGAAACAUUUUCCAACGAAUCAAAAGAUCGAAACUCAGCAUAUUCAAUUUAUUUGAUUCGAUUAACGACAUGAUCAUCAUUUGACUCGAUUAUUUAGCUCGAAGGAAACCAACGAUUUGCUCGGAUUUAAUUAGGCAUUUUAUAUAAUGUUAUUAAUGUAUGUAUUGUAGCUCGUUUAAUAUCUUUAACUGCAGAGAAAGAAAGAGAAAUCUGUGUAUAUGUUCUUGUUACAUGUAUCUUCUGCAAAUCGAAACUGCAAGGAAAAUGGAAAAAAAGAAAAAUGUUUUAAUCCAUGUAUCAUAUAUACUUAAUCGUUUAUAUAGAACUUAUUUGUAAAAUAUAUCUUUUUCACAAUGAAACACUCGCCGAUGGUCGUUCAAUAAUGACAAUUAAAAAGAGAAGUCUUAUCGUGGUAGAUUGAAAGGUAUUUUCUACCAAUCCAAAUAUUCUACCUCUGUCUCGAUAAUUCUAACGAGAUUUCGUUAGGAAAAUACAAAGACAAUAUUAGAACUUGCAAACGAUUACCUGUUAGAACUGAUUGUUCAAAUAUGAAUGAGUUCAAUGAGAAUGGCUUACGUUGUAAAAACGUAUGAUGCAUUGUUUGCCAAAGUGUUGUACGAUGUAUAGAGUGGCGCUAAUUUUGCAUAUCUGUCGUGUAACCAUACUAUGCUUUCAUGUGAGAAACAUGUCUUUAAUAUACUUAAACGGGGCAUCUUACGUAGUGGAGAGAACGAAAUGUGUAAAUAAAAAUUUUUUUUUUUUUUAUAUAUAUAUAUAUACACACAUAUAUACACAUAUAUAUAAAUAUAUAUAUAUAUAAAUAAUUUCUUUGCAAACUAAUAUUUUAUACCAAUAAUUAUUAUUAAACAUAGCUGACACAAGCUGCAUCCCACGAAUUAGAAAAACAAUAAAUCGUUCGCGUUCCUUUGGCGAGAUAAUGCACUGGCCACUGUCCAUAGAUUUAUUGGUAUUACAUGGAAAUGAGUACAAGUUUGUAAAGAUCUAUCUUAUAUAUACGGUGUUUUUGCGUAAGAAACGUUGUCAUGCUUUUGACAAAUUUCUUUAUUGAAUCGGUGAGGUUUAUACUUGAUAUGUAUAGAUCUUCCUCAUGAAACGAAAGAAAAAAAAGAAAAAAACCAUAAGGUUUAUUACGUACUUAUGUGUUAUAAUUGGCUACGAUCGACGAGAUGAUAGAAUCUGUAAAAAUAUUGUUAUUAUCUUUAACUCUUUCUUUUAUAUUUAUGAAGGGAAAAAAAAGAAAGGCCCUUAGGACCUUACAUUCAAAUUAAUGCAAAAUAAGAUUUAUUCUAUAUUAUAUAUUAGUCGAACGACGAUUUCUUUUUUUCUUUUCUUUUCUCUUUUUUUUUUGUUUGUUACUUUUUUUUUUCUUUGCUUUUCCUUUUAUCGCAUAACGAACGAAUGCAUAAUUGAAAAGUUAUUUACAAAGUUAACGUGUUAAGAGAGGCUCCACUCUGUAUAUUCUAUACGUCGAUUAUUUACAGAUUAAUCUGUAUAAGAUUUAUAUAAGAGAGACAGGAAUUAAUUAUUUCUCAUAAGAAUUUAAAAUUGUUCGGGAAUAACGAAAUACGAAUUAUUCUUCGAAAUUAUGAAACUUUUACUUGAAUAGAUGAGAGUGUAAUGAGAAAUACGAUAUCUACGUUUGUUCAAUCUCUCCGAGUGAAGCAUAUCAUUAUAGUUUUUCGUUUGUACAAUAAAUGUAAAAAGUUUCAAUCUUUAUAAUUAAAAAUCUGCGUGCGAGGGACGAGUUUUGAGAGGGAGAAGUGUUUGAUUUAUUAGGAAUAAUUUUAAUUACUUCGAUAAUUACAAUUAUAAAAUGAAAUGUUCUUUGUCGAUUUUAAGCCGAAAUAUAAAAGAGAAGAGAGGGAAAGGAGAGUGGGAUGCGAAUGAAAAGAAAGAAUGUGAGUUGAAAAUGAGAGUACAUGGAAGAAGAGGAAGAUAGGAAGAAGAGGGUGCAUAUGUUAAUAAUUUUGGCACCGUGUAGCGAAGAACGAAAAGAAAACAACGCUCUGCCAAUUCCACGAGUUCAAAAUGCGUUCCCUAUCAUGAUAUGUAUGAUUCCUUUUAAAAUGAAUGUACCUUCCUUACUUUUCUUAUAGUCCAAAGUAAUUAAUUAAUGUCUGUAUGGAAUGACUAUUUCAAGCCAAAUUAAAUCUUAUCUCAUGAAUUAUAAAGUUGUACAUUUUGAAAAGUUUCAACGUCGAAUCGGAAAACGUUUAUUUAGAAAAAAAGAUGUAACCAGACGUUUCUUUUUUUGUUUUUCUUUUUUUCUCUUUCUUUUUUUUUUGCUUUUUCUUUUUGUCUUUUUUUUUUCUUUUUACGUUCUAAUGGAUCAUUCCUCAGAUGGCCUAAUGAUGAUGAAAGAAGUCGUUUGGCUUGGGACGCGAAUGAUCAAUCAUGGACUCGUGUAUAUAUAAAUUAUAUAUAUAAAUUAUAUAUAUAAAUUAUAUAUAUAUUUUUUCUUUUAAAAUAUAAAUUAUCUUCUUCGGUGUAAUCAAGUUAAUGGCGUGUAUAACAAUUCGUUAAAUCAGAGAUUUUUUAUUAUUAUUAUUUUAAUUUUUAUUAUUAUAUUAUUAUUAUUAUCAUUAUCAUUAUUAUUAUUAUUAUUAUUAUUAUUAUUAUUAUUAUUAUUAUUAUAAGAACAGAACUUUUAUCAUCGAAAAAAGGUUUAAAAUCAAACGUUUUAUUCCGAUCGAAAAGAACUCGCACAACCUCGCUCCAAUUUGAAUUGUUAAUAUUCAUUUUUAUCAAUUCGAUGAAAACAUCGUUAAUUAACUGGACCUCUCGCCGUAGGCAGUUUUCGCAUGAAUUGAGAAAUACUAAUAUUAAGAAUUAGAAUAAACUGAUGGUUAAGUAAUCAUUGGCAACACGAACUCACGUUAUGUGAGGGUCUAUGUAUAACCGGACGAUAAAACGCCUAAAAGAAUGAAGUCAAUGUUUUGCGUGAUACUGGCUGAUAAGCAUUGGUUAAACGAAAUCAUGUGUCGUACGUACGUGACAGCGGCCGUCAAAGUAUUAACAUGCACUAGUUGUCAUUGGUUGAGCGUUACGAUGAAACAAAAAGAAAAAGAGAAAAAAGAGAAAAGAAGAAAAAGAAAUAGAUUUAUCUUAGAGAAAAAUGGGAGAUAAAAAUAUGCCUAUAGAUUGCGAGGUGGAGAAAGAAAAACAGAGAAAGAGAGAGAAAGAGAGAAAGUUAAUAAAUUGUACAUUGUGCGAGCUAAAAGGGAAAUACAGAACGAACAAAGAAUAAGAUGACAACGUAACACACACACAACACACACUCACACACACAGCACACACUAUACAUACAUAUAUACAUACAUACAUCACACAUACAUCAUACAUACAUACAUACAUACAUCGUACAUACGUACAUACAUACAUCGUACAUACGUACAUACAUACAUCGUACAUACAUCAUACAUACAUGUACACACAUACGUGUACAUACGUAUGUUUACACACUUAUACAACAUAAAUACAUCAAGGGAAGUCUAAGUACAAUACACUUGUACUCGCGAAAGGUAAUCGUGUAAGAUAAUAACGACAAUAAAUAGCUCGUAAGCCAAUGUAAGGUAGGCACCUGUCGAUAGUUUAGUUAGAUAGUCAAAGUGAAGGAAUACGAGACUUCAGAGUGCAUGCAUUCGCUCGAAAUUUUAAUGAACGAAACGAAUCAAAUUAAUUUCUUUUUCUUUUUCAAUCGAUACGGUCUCUUACGUAUGUAUAUUUUAUUUGUUGAUUUGUUAAAUAUCGAAAAGAAUAAAUCAUCUUCGUCAUCGACGAGUUAUUAGAUAAAUAAAAGAAGAAACAGAAAAAAAAAACAUUAAAAAAUAAACGAUGUAUAUCAUAAAGAGACGAAGCGAACGAUUAGUAGAUUUGUCGCGAUAAAAGAAUUCAUUGAUUAUUUUCUUUCCUGGGAUCUUUUUUUUUUUUUGAAUUUUUUUUUCCGUUUUUCUUUCUUUUUCUUACUCUCCAUUCGUAAUUGGUCAAAUAGGUGAUAAGAAACGAACAAGAGAGAGAGAAAGAGAGAGAAAGAGAGAGAGAGAGAGAGAGAGAAAGAGAGAAAGAAAGAGAGAGAGAGAGAGAGAGAGAGAGAGAGAUAACGAUCGAUUUAUCGAUGUCAGCAAGAAAGUCGUGCGACACCAAUUUUCCUUUGCGAACAGAACGAUUAUCGAUGGAUAUAAUAUUGUAUAAUUAUGAUAGAUAUAUAAGCUUAUUGUAUGAUAUGUAAUUAAAUUUGCACGUAAGAGAUAAAACGUAGUCAGCUCGUAUGAAUGAUCGUUAGGAAUAUUGGAUCGACCUCUAUGACGUAUGCGUAUGCGUCUGCAAAGAGGAAUUUGCGAUUAUUAUGGAUAAUUAACGAAUCACGAGGGAAAAGAGAGAGAAAGAAGAAAAGAUAAAACAAAACUAAUAUUAUACAUAUUAUUUGAAAGGAUGAGCGUAGCGAGAAAGAGUGAGAGUGAAAAAAGUGUACUGAUUGAGAAAGAAAGAAAGAAAGAAAGAAAGAAAGAAAGAAAGAAAGAAAAAACGAAAGAAAGAAAGAAAGAAAGAAAGAAAGAAAGAAAGAGAGAAAGAAAGAGAGAAAGAAAAAGAAAGAAAGAAAGAAAGAAAGAAAGAAAGAAAGAAAGAAAGAAAUGUAUAAUUAUCGCUAGUAAUAUUAUUAUCUCUAAUAACAUAAUAAAUGUGCCAUCUUUUCCAUAA